AUGGCUCGAAACAAGAAAGCGGCGCAACGCAACAAUAUCAACCACAAUAACAACAACAACAACGACUUCAUGUCGCAUCAGCCUCCCCUCCCCGCUGGGCUGCCUCCUCGGCCAUCUCAACAACUGCCUCCUAGGCAAUCCGCCCCCCCUGCGAAUCCUCGGUACGGAGACUCGUACAAUGGCAGCGGUGGCGGCGGCGGCGACUCGCGCAGAGGUGAUGAAUACUACCAAUCCAAUUACCAGAGCCGGCCCCGCGACCAAGAAGUCUUCCACUUCGGCGCCGGCCACUCCUACCGACCCAACUACGAUCAACGUCCUCGGUCUCCUCCCCGAUACAACGAUUACGCUCCAGGUGUGUCGCGCAACGACAGCUAUCGAGGUUACAAUCACAACGAUAGAGACCGUGAGACCAGCCAAUCGUACCGUCCAACCCAGAGCAGCAGCUUCGACUUCCGCCAUGAUGCCCCUCCCGGACUGGAUUACAGAGCUCCUCAGGACAACCACCACGCCCGCCGACGCGACUAUUUCCGAGGCAACGACCAGCGCGCACCCGCCAUGCGAGCUGGCAAUGCUCGUGGCGGCGCGCGAGGUGCGUAUCGGGGUCGCGGAGGUCCGAGGCUGGCUGCGGAUCGUGAUUUUCUCAAGACCAACCGUGAACCAACCCCAGAAUUGAUGACCGGAAUGGAUGAGGAUGGCGAGAGUGGUGCCAAGUAUAUCGCGCCUGACGAUGUUUCCGACAGCGAGGAGGAGGAUAUGGAUAUAUCCGGCAGCGAAGAUGAUGAAACGCAGGAACACAAGAAGAAGCAAGCUCGUACCACAGGGAAGGCUGCCGACGGAGAUAGUGUCCCCCGCUGGUCGAAUCCAGAUCCAUACACUGCCCUGCCUCCCCCAGACGAGUCCCGUGGCAAGAAGAAAGAUGUGGUCAAGCUAAUCAGAAAGGCUCGUGUCACAAGCACUGCUGAUCACGUUUCCAAGGCUGCCGCUACAGACGACUUCAUCUCCUUCGAUUUCGACGAUGAGGAAUCCGAGGCCGAGGAGGUCAAGGCUGGAGUCGGUGUUCAGGGCGCUCCAACAGGACCACGGGUGAUAUCUGGCUCCGCUAAUCAGGUCAAUGCCACCAGACCAGCACCCCUCUCCACUUUCAAUCAGGAUGAGCGCCAACAUGGCGAGCAGCAGUUCGGACCUCAAUCUCAGGCCAGUGGUAGCAAUCUUCCCCGAAGCCCCCCUAACCAACAUGAAACUCCCCUUCAACUACCCCAAAACUCGGGCAAGGAAAUGGGUUUUCAGAACAAUGCCAAGGCCAAUGAUGCACCUGCCAACAAGAAGAAUGUCAUUGAUCUUACAUCCGACCCUGUUCUGGGCACCAGAAAGCGCACCUUCAAUGACGAGAUCAAGAAUCGUGGUACCAUCAGCAAGCCUCCCAUUGUUCACGCGCCGAGGGCAGGCAAGCCAACCGGGAAGCCCAGCGGCAAGAUCCUCAGUGGCUGGGCCCGCUCGCCUUCAUCUUCGGCCACACCAUGGCUUAGUAUUGAUCAUUCGGAUUCCGCCGGUAUGGGCGUCUGGCAAGUAGAUAGUGCCCCUGGAAUCAACAUGCGUGCUCAUUAUCGAGACAGGCUUCAUAAAGAGAUCAUGGAUUUCUACGAUUAUGUCAAGCCGAGAGACUUCGAGCAGGAGAUUCGACUCAGACUGGUCGAGGAUCUCCGGUCGAAGUUCAAGCAAUACUUUUACAGUGACGAUGACAUCCAGCCAUUCGGUUCCUUCCCUGCCGGACUUUAUCUUCCCACCUCUGAUAUGGACUUGGUCUGCAUCUCACGCGAGUACAUAGCUGAUGGACGGAAGAUCUUUGGUCAGGGCACUAGAGGGCUGGCAAACUUCUGUGAAUUCCUCAAGAAGUACGAAUUUCCUCUGGAUAAAAAAAUUGAAGUAAUCAGCAAGGCCAAGGUACCACUUGUCAAGUAUAUGGAUAGCCUCACUGGUCUGAAGGUAGACAUUUCCUUCGAGAACACCACCGGAAUCGUUGCCAACACCACGUUCCAAAAUUGGAAGAAGGAGUUCCCCGCCGUGCCUAUUCUUGUCACACUCAUCAAACAUCUUCUGGCAAUGCGCGGCUUGAACGAACCAGUCAACGGCGGUAUCGGCGGUUUCUCUGUUACCUGUCUUGUUGUAAGUCUUCUCCAGAAUAUGCCACAGGUGCAGAGCAGAAACCUUGUUCCAGAGCACCAUCUUGGCGAGAUUUUGAUGGAGUUCCUCGACCUUUAUGGCAACCAGUUCAAUACUUUAACAACUGCAAUCAUAAUGAACCCUCCUGGAUACCUUCCCAAGAAACGUACAAACAUACCAUACAACAAGAGAACCCCGGACAAAUUCUGCAUUAUCGAUCCCAAUAGGCCCGACAAUGACAUCUCUGGAGGAUCGUCGAACACGUAUGGCAUCCGCAAAUGUUUCUCUGAGGCCUAUGAUGCCCUUCAGCAUCGCAUGGGCGAGUUGCAACGUUCUGAGAACCGCAAGAACCAGAGCCUCCUGGAGUGCAUCAUCGGUGGCAACUACCAAUCCUUCGAGCUCCAGCGUGCCCACCUGGCUCACGUGCACAAGCACCUCUACGGCUGA